GCUACGCCCUGCGUCCAGGGAACAUCCGUGUGCUGUGCCGCGUGAAGCCUGUCCUGAGGGAGGACCAGCAGGAGGACGGGCAGGCGGUCGUCGUGACAACUAACCCCGACAAUGAGUCGGCCGUCAUCGUGCUGCACAAGGGGAAGAGUCGCACGUUUGAACUGGACAAGGUGUUCCAGCCUCAGGCCACUCAGGAGGAGGUUUUCCAGGAGAUUGAACCCCUCGUGACCUCCUGCAUUGACGGAUAUCAUGUCUGCAUCUUCGCUUAUGGACAGACAGGAUCUGGGAAAACAUACACCAUGGAGGGCACCGUGGAGAACCCAGGUAUCAACCAGCGCGCUCUGAAGCAUCUCUUCAGUGAGAUUGAGGACAAGAAGGACAUGUGGACCUACUCUGUCAACGUCAGCUCGGUGGAAAUCUACAACGAAGUUCUCAGGGAUCUGCUCAGUAAAGAUGGAGAGAAACUGGACAUCAAGAUGAACCCAGAUGGCACUGGCCAGCUCCAUGUCCCUGGUCUUAGGGUUACUGAGGUUAAGAACUUCAAGCACAUUAAGAAGAUUCUGGCCACGGCAAAGCGGAACCGGGUAACUUUUGGGACCCAGAUGAACCACAACAGCUCUCGCUCCCACGCCUUGCUGACCAUCACUGUGCUGGGAACAGACCUCAUCAGCGGCACCAAAACAUGCGGCAAGCUGAACCUGGUGGACCUGGCUGGUUCAGAGCGGGUGUGGAAGUCCGGGGCAGAGGGCGAACGCCUCAAGGAAGCCCAGAACAUCAACCGCUCCCUGCUGGCGCUGGGAGAUGUAAUCCAGGCACUGAGGGGCCGGCAAACACAUGUGCCGUUCAGGAACUCCAGACUCACCUACCUGCUGCAGGAUUCCCUGGGCAAGGGCAACAAAACAGCCAUGUUAGUGCAGAUUUCCGCCCUGGAGAGGAACGUGGGGGAGACUAUGUGCUCGCUUAAGUUUGCCCAGCGGGUGUGUGCGGUGGAGCUGGGGCCUGCUACGCAGAAGAUCGACAGGACAGCCCAGUGCGAACAGUGCUCCUGAAUCGACCAGGGCCACCAACCGUCUCGGAGGACUACUACUACUCCUGGGCCUCGAAAGCAGACCCAAAGAUCUCAAUACUGACUAUGAGCCAAUCCGUCGAUUCCUAGGUGGACAGCCCGCGGAGGCCUUCCGUCAUCAUCAGCGGUUCUCCAGCAGACGCAGGAAUACGAGUGCUCCAUCGGGAACCAAAACCUCAGCUCAGAACAAUGAGGGCCUCCGAAUGGUGAAGAGGACAACAGCAAACAGCUUUACAAACUUCCAGCCUAAAAGCAGAUACUCAUGUCAAGUAGAAUAAGGAACCUCCUUUUAACACUGGUCAGCAGGGGGCGCUGUGAGUGCAGAACAUCUGGGUUUUUGCAUGUCUUGGCUUUCAGAAAUGGCAGCUCCUCAGUCGACUUGCAUGCAAAGAACUUGAAUGCUGGAGCCUCAGUGCCAAAACAAGUUGUACCUCACUGACCUGCAGUGCACCCCGACCCCCUAACAGUGAACAUUCUUGGUUUUACUGCAUUUACAGGAAACCAGGGCAGGGUUGGCUGAUCUCCACUUCAAACAGUCACAGCAGACUGCCCUGUCUUAGCGCAGUUAUCGCUCUCUCGCUAUUGUGAAGGGGUCCAGCCUCUAGAAAUGAGGUACAAAAGGAAAGGCAUCAUUCGCCUGGGACACUGUCGCAAUGUUAUUUAAAAAAACAACCAAUGUAAAAUAUAUGGCUUCGCCCUGCAGACUGUACCCUGACAGUCUGACAGUGGAGGUGCUGAGAUGUAAUAGCACCAUAUAGAAACGUCUGCUUAGGAAGUAAGACUCUGCUUUUGUGAAGUUUGAGGUGCAGCAGGUAUGCAACACAAACCAAACAUGAACCUUAGUGUAUUUGCCAUUUCUUACAUGUGAUUUUUAGCCCUUGGGAGAGAUUUAGUCAGCUAUCAUGUUACAUCUGUAGUACAGCGUUAACCUUUAAAAACAUUCACGAGAUUCUUUUCAACCUCAACUGAAUCCUACAUAGAAUCAUUUUUGGGCUUUUAAACGCAACUGCUAUUAGUCAGUGAUUAUUUGGUAUGUUUUAUUCUGUAGAAAUGGUUCUAGAGUAUAUUUAAAAGUAGUUUUAUUUAGUCAAUAAAGCCUCCCUUUAAGAUGCAUAUGUACAGUAUAUAUAUAUAUUCCUAUACACACCCGACUUGUGACAAGCUCUCCAAGUCAGUGUCCCUCGAGCCUGCCCUCGGGGACCCCCACAGCCCUCGGGGACCCCCGCAGCCCUCAUGUUUGCUGCCACAUAGCUCACCUGAACCAAGUAAUUAAGUAUAAACCGAUCAAGAACAGCAAAUAUCAGGUACAGGUGUUCGAGAGCAGAGAGCCAACAAAAAUGUGGACUGAGCGUCCAAGGACUGGGUCGUGUUAUCAAGUUAAAUUUCCAGGUCUAUGACAUAAUGGUAAAGUCAGUGCACUGAGUUUCACAGCCAGAAAACCAGUAAAGAGAAAUAAGCACCUUAAUGUUUAUGUGACUGGGUGUACUGGGCAACACAGGACUCUGGCUGCUGCAAAAGGUGAAGCGGAACCAAAUGGACAUCGGCACAAAGAUACCGAACUCAAAUCAUCACCUUGUCAAAAAGUUAAAUGAGCGUCAAGUGAAACAUUGUCAGCAAUGUGACCAGUGUGCCAACGACGUAGAGAGCAAUAAACCAGUAAAAACAAAAA